CAUCCAUAUGGACUUGUAGUAAUAAUAUAUGCCUAUAACGUGAUGUCAUGUUGAUUCGUGUGGCACCCCGCACGAAGGGCGACCUUCUCUUCCGGUCUCCCCAGCCGCAUAUCACAUAUCGACUGUGCUGGGCGUGAUCGCGACGCGUCCUUGGCUUCUUUGAAUGAGCGAUACCAAUGCUGGGUAAUCAUCAUGUCGUCUUUCGUUGAUCCACCUCAACAUACCAGGGGGUAUAACACGCCUGGCACCACCCUGCACCCCUCGCCAGUGCCAUCCACCGUUUCAUACCAUGUCCCUUUCCAUCGUGGGCUACUUGACGUUGGUAUCUUUAGAGACACUAUUCUUCCUAGCUUACGGCUACAUGCGCCCCUGGCUGUCGUGGCAUAUGGCAUCGGUAGGGCGACAGACAGCGUCGAAGCCAAGGAUUGGCUAUGGCCCAUCGCGCCCAUGAUAAAUGGAUGGUGGAGUGCGGUUGGGAGAAAGAUGUACCGUCGCGGGCUGACAUUUAACCAAGCAUUUGGAAUACUUUCGCGACCCGAGAGGCUGCUCUUGACGGGCGUUACUCUCUGGGGUGGCCGGCUCUUCUACCGAAUUGUCAGCCGAAGCAUCAAGCGGCGACGCCAGGGUAAAGAGCACGACGACCCCAGGUACGACGCAGAGAAGCUACAGGAAGGGUACUGGAACAAGGCGCUCUUCACAUUGUUCCUCCCCGAAGCUCUUAUCCAAACCGUCAUCACCCUCCCUGUCACAGCGCCCUUCCACCACCCAGGUGCCGUCCUCACAGGAUACCAUCCUGCAGUUCAGGCCCUAGCCGUUGGAUUGUUCUGCGCUGGCUUCACACUUGAGUUACUGGCAGAUACGCAGCUGGAGCAGUUCAAGAGCUCCGCACGGGACUCUACGUCUGUGUGUAAGGAAGGGGUAUGGAGUUUGGUUCGUCAUCCCAACUAUCUUGGAGACGCCCUCGUGCAUCUUUCGUUCCCGAUUCUGCUUUACGGAUCCGACAUGCUUGCCCCCGUCGAGCUAUUGGGAAGCAUUACGAAUUACCUGUUCCUCCGCUAUGUCGGCGGUGACAAGCAGACAGAGCGCCACCAGGCGAGGCGGUAUUCUCAGUCGAGCCCGGAGAAGUUUGCAGAUUUCCAGCGGCAUAGGGAGACGCACAACUCGUUCUGGCCGAAAGCUGAUGUUGUGACGAACCGGUGGCUAUGGACUAUCAUCGGCGCUGGUGCUGCCGGUGCGCUUGCAGAACAGGCAUUCCAGUAUCUGUUCUGAGGUCUAUAUUAACAUUGUAAACUGUUGAGUUGCUUAAUUUCCUUUUGUGUUUUCUCGCCGUAUCUCCAUAAGCAGUACUUGGGAAAUUGAUUUUGGCACGCGGCAUACCUACCAUUGGGUGCAAACUGCUACAAGGGUAUACAAGGAUAGCCUACUGGCUAGGGCCCUGGCCACCUACACCUUCAUUUCUAGCUGGCUACAGCACUCGCUGGCGAGAUAAUCAAUAAAGCAUAUUGGUUACGGCCGUCCACUCACUCUUGUUCAGUAGGUAAGUAUAUUGCUAGGUAUUGUGAGAGAUGUACAUUAUGAUAC